UUGCUCAUUAAAGGUAUUUGCGCUUGUGUGGCAGCGCGUCGCUGGGCGUGGCGUCGAGCUGUGACGUACAGGCUGUUUUCCGCGAGCUGCUUGAAAAGCCAUGUGUUGCGCUCGCGCUGCGUCAGAUUACGUCCCUGCCGCUUCUGCAACAUGUACAAGACGCGAAUGCAAGCUAGUUUAAAGAGGAAGCCAUAAAAACAACAACUCUGAAAUGAGGAUGGCCGUGUUGGCAAAUCACAAACUUUGGAGAUCCGUGGAUUAUUGCGCAUCGGUUCUUUUACCACUGGACAAGCAGCAGAGAGUGACAGACAGACUCAUGACAUCCUAACUACGGUCUGAAGGUCUCUCUCAGUCAAGUGAGCAGCAAUGGAUUCGCUGUAUAUCGCUAUUGAGCUGCUGAUCGCCGUGCUGUCCAUCUCCGGUAAUGUGCUGGUGUGCUGGGCUGUGGCCAUCAACUCCACUCUCAAGAACGCCACCAAUUACUUUCUGGUGUCUCUAGCCGUGGCAGAUAUUCUGGUUGGAUGUCUUGCCAUCCCUUUUGCCAUUACAAUAAGCAUUGGUCUGCACUCAGACUUUUACGGAUGUCUUUUCCUGGCGUGUUUUGUUCUGGUACUGACUCAAAGUUCAAUAUUUAGUCUUCUGGCGGUUGCCAUCGACAGAUAUCUGGCUGUAAAAAUCCCCCUGAGGUAUAAGGAGCUUGUCACAGGGAAAAGGGCAAGAAAGAUCAUUGCUAUUUUAUGGAUCUUAUCCUUCAUCAUUGGACUCAUCCCAUUCGUGGGCUGGAACCGUAAGGACUUGGCAUGUUUCAGAAACGAAAGCAGCUUAACACAGACUAGCAAUAGCAGCGACGCUGCGGAGAUGGAAACGGGCGUCCUGCAAAGCUGCUGCCUCGAGUGCUUCUUCGAGAAAGUGGUGGACAUGAGCUACAUGGUGUACUUCAACUUCUUCGGUUGCGUGCUGCCACCUCUGCUCAUCAUGCUGGGCAUUUACGCCAAGAUCUUCACGGUGGCACGGAAACAGCUGCGUCAGAUCGAGCUCAAAUGCAGCGUGAGUAGCGGUGAGAAUCAGCACCACGGCCUGCUGCAGCGGGAGAUUCGCGCCGCCAAAUCGCUCUCCAUCAUCGUGGGCCUGUUCGCUCUCUGCUGGCUGCCCGUGCACAUCCUGAACUGCCUCACUCUCUUCUACAGAGAUCUGAAAAAGCCCAGCUUCAUCAUGCACAUUGCCAUCAUCCUCUCGCACGCCAACUCCGCCGUCAAUCCAAUCAUCUACUCCUACCGUAUUCGGGAGUUCAGAUUCACCUUUAGGAAGAUUCUGAACCGCCAUUUCUUCUGUCGACGGGACGAGUUGUAUCGCAGCUCCACUGGAAGCAGCUGUCACAGAGACCAGAUUACAAUGACUAUUGACCCUCUGCUUUAGACAGCUUGGUCAAAAUAUGAGAGAAAUGUUUACAGCCCAAAGAACUGCAAACGGCAUGAUCAUGUAUUGAGAUGAAGACAUUGUGGACACAUUUUCAGAAUUUAACAUUGAACUGUGAAAUGAAAAGAAAAAGCCUCCGUCACUACAAAUCUGUGGGAAAAUGUAUAGAUUGAAUUUCCAAGCAGACUUUUGCAGCAGCUAUUGGUCAAGCCUUAGCGCAAGGAUUUGUGGUUGCUGGACCUUUUGGAAGUGCUGAAAGAUCAACUGAAGCACGUAUGAGAAACCCACAUGAGGAUCCUGCAGAACAAUAAAAGACUCAUUUUGGGCAGCUUUGGUUAAAUCUCUAAUAAUCACUUGUCUGUAGAACAGCCCAGAGGAACAAUAGGCUGAACACGCCAUCGUGGAACAGAGAACACAGAAACUGUUUCUGAAUGCUUGAAUGUAUUAGGACCUUUUGUUGUUUUUUACGGUUGAGAUGGUUAGUUUAGACCGCUCAGGAACACACACGAGGUAGGAGCUCAUUUAAGAACCCAUAAUAGAAAGGAAAUCAUAAAAUGAUUUUCUGUACAGCCAAAAAAUUACCCCAAUUUUCAUUACUUAAAAUGCACUGCUGGUCCAUUCACAGCUCCAUUAACCCAACAAGUUCAUAUCUAAACCCAAAAUGACUGGGUACAUAGUGGCCUCAAUAUUAUACGUUAAUAUAUUGCAUUACAUAACAAAAAGUGUCGUAACACUUUGUUUGAAUUUUUAUAUCAUAUUGUUUUACAGUUUAAAACCAAUAAACAUAGCUAUUUUUUUUUUUCAAAUAAAUGCCACUUUGAUGUUUUGUUAUAUAAUGCAAUUAAUUACAUUUAGAUAUUUGUAAAUGUUGUUGAAGCGUACAAAUAAAUUUUUGGUCAGCAUAUUACUUAACGACCAUUACACUCUUUUCCCUUCCAACAUCUACACAGUCCAUGGGUCCAAAAUCUGAGACAACUAGUGUUUUUUUUUUUUUUUUUUUUUUUUUUUGCAUUUUGAUACUUUGAUAUCAUCAUAAGUUGAGCUGCAUGAACUUCAUAAGUUUGUCAAACAUGAUGAUCAUGUUCUCCAGUAUAAUUUGAGAUGAACAUCAUCUGACCGUCUGCACAGUCACAUGAUCAAUGAUCACAUUUACUUUUUUAAUUAGUGACCAGAAGAUUUUAUAUCAUGUUUGUUUCUUUAAACUUAGAACCUGUUUAUUAGAUUAUUUGCAAGUCAAUUUCAAUUUAAACGGAAGGUUAUCACUGUGGUCUGGGAUGUUUGGAGCUCACUGUAUUAUCAGUGUGUGUCUGCUCAUGUGUCCCAGCCCUUAGGAAUCAGUUUGUUAUUGAAUGUCCGACUGUGACCAACUACUCAACCUGAAACAAGAGCAGCUGACCUGCAGCAAAGACUGUCUCCUCUGGAGAGAUUUACAGUGUCACACCGGAGCUGGAUAACGCUCUGUUGUGCCAAUAAUACCACGCUAUUCUAUUAAUCACCAACCACCUUUACAGUACAACUACAGAUCAGCCGUUCAUUCAUCAGUGCCUUAACUGGCUCAUCUAGACCACAUUGUGAAGAAUAACAUAUGAUUCUAAAACGAUUAGAAGCUCAGAGCUGUGACACACUGAUAAGAGUGCGUGCUCCUCAGACACUGAGCCUUGGAGAUGUAGGAUUUAGUCCUAGUUUUUCCAUCCAUUAUAUGUUUGUCCAGUUAAAUAGGAAAAAUAAAGCUAUAUUUAUUUUAUCAUCUGAAGAGAUCCUGCUCUUCCAUGAACAUAUUAUAUAUGUCAGGUUAUAUUAUAUAAUCUGAGCAAGUGUAGGUCAUGUCAGUGCCUUAAACUGUUCUUUUGAGUAUUGGUCAUAAACAUUUAAAAGCAACAUCAAACAUUUUUUGCACUUUUUCCCCCCCAUUUGUUUCUGUAUAUAUACACAUAUAACAACAACAACAACAACAACAACAAACUUUAUUGAUGUUUGGAUGGUUUAUUUGAAUAUUUAUUGUGUUUUUGAUUGUUAUGUAAGCUGAUUUUUGAUAGUCAUGGCUGUUUUAGAUGUAAAAACUCACUAGGUAUAUUCACAUGCACUGAUUUUUGCAAAUGGGAAUGAAUGCAAUCCGAUUUAAGAUUCUGAAAGUGCUAUUUAUAUAAAACCUGAAAGUUGUGCAGUUUGUAAGACAAGAAACAUAAGCAUAUUCAUAAGAGGUAAAAUGCAUGUAAACAUACACACCAUGACACUGUGCCUUUUCAUUUAGAUUUUAGAUUACACCACUCAUUUAAAUUCAUCUCGAGCUCAUUCAGAUCAGUUGAGGCGUUUACAUGAAGACUUUUCAUGACUGAGCCAUUAUAAUCAGAUUAUUUUGGUGAGUGUAAAUGUGUCUGUUGGUUUAUUUGCUAUCUGCAGAUUUGUAAAAAUAAGGACACAGUGAUGAUGGUCAAACGUGACCAGAAGUUAAUAAACCCACAUUUAAAGGUCA